AAGUUCGAAUCACAGCCUCAUCUUAUCAGAUGAGCAAAGCAUACUCUGCCCGCGCAUACUGGCUCGAUCGCGAAAGCUCCCUUUUCUCCGAGACGAGAGCGAAAGUCGUAAGUUCGUCGUCAGACGUGCCUGGCUCGUUUUGUGCGAAGCCGACCGGGGAAGUGCUGGGACGCCCGCCGUGACCGGAUUGGAUCUUGCAAGGCUUUGCAGGGUCCGCGGAGUGUUGGCCGUGGCGAUGACGGACGGUGAGGAGGAGAGGAAGUGAACGAUUCGAUCUGUUAUUGUACCGCGCAUUGUGCGGAAGAAGAGAGUCGGCGAGGUUUGUUGAGAGCGAAAGUUCCAGUCGCCGUUCGCAUCUCAGGCUGUCCUGGUAGGCGGCCGCGUCUCAUUUCUCAAACUUCGAUCUCGUCCAGCGACAGAGCGGAAGCGUCCACGGAGGCCUUCGACUCGGAGAUUCCGACCUGGAAUUGGCGUCCAUCACACGAGAAGCACAUUCAACAUGCCCAAGACCAUUCGCCAACUUCUCACCGAACCCAGCAGCAACCCGAGAUACGUGCGGCUGCACAACGCCAGCUAUUCAUCCCGCGAACUGCUCGGUGAAAUCAUCUCGAUGGCCGGCAGAAUCGUACGUCGCGUCUCCGAGGCUCAGAUGUCCAGCAAUGAUGAGCGGUGGUGGCCGAUUCGAGAGAUUGCGAGCAAAUGGGACAGUAUUCGGGCAUAUCCGGAGAUGCUGCAGGAUGCAGAUGCGGAGCUGUUGAAGAUUCUGGUGCUGGAUGCAUAUGCCGACUUGGAGAGGUUGGAAGGAAGGUGAUGGAGGAGGCCGCGAAGUGGUCUUGAGACUAAGGAUCCGGCUAGGUGGGGUGUAGGUGUGGGGCUGGAAGAGGAGUCUGUUACUCGUGAGCUGUCUGUGGCGCACAGUCUUCAACACUGAGCAGAGAUGGGAGAGAGAGGUUUGACAUGAUAUGAGGAGGUGAAGUCGCGGGGAACUGUGGGCAAAGGCAUGAAGGAACGAAAGGAAUGGAUACCCAAUGGGCUGGUGAUCGCGAAGGACGCGCAAAUGUACCUGCGCUUGGAGCAAUUGGCGUAUAGCGGUGCAGUGGAAGCACACAAAAUGUGGUUUCGAUAUCAACAAGAUGUUUCGCGACGAUGGCAGAGUGCAAUGCAACCUCUCGCAAUGUUUCUGGCUCUUGUAUAGUCUUGUCAAGUGGCUUGUUCGUGGUCUCUCAGUCUUGUGUUCAUCUUCUGUGUGGAUAACACUGAAACGAGCUCAUCACGGUGGAGGCUGUAUGGUCGACGAUGAAUGGCAGCAGGUGAAGU